AGUGUCCAAGCACCUGCCGCUCUCCUGCGCAUCCCUCUAUGAGAACCGGACAUUUACGCAUUGUUGCUGGUACAUCGGACCCACACACACACACACACACACACAUGGUGCCUCCUGUGGAAUCACACCCUUCCUCUCGCGCCCUCCUGCACUAAGUUUCAGCAGUGUCGGGAUGAUCAGCAGGCGCGUGCGUGUGCUCCGGAGUGCUCAGUGAAGGCGCGCCUUAUCGCUCGCGCACCAGCAGAUGGACUAAUCUUUCAUUACUCUUCCUUCCUGGUGUUUUCUCCCUUUUCUUCAUCAGUUUCAUCACAAUGGCUUUAUUUCAGUUUUCUUUUGCACUCUGUGCACUAUCAGUGUGGGCUGUGGAGCUGGAUCCUACUCUGCAUGUGGACAUCCUGAAGGAGCUGAAUGUAGGAGAGUCAUUUACUGGAGUUUCCCCAGUGCAGGGCUUUCACAAUAACACCACUGCGUUUCUGUUUAAAGGGACGAGGAGGAGUGUGCGCGCCUCAGCGGGGGUCGCAGAGAGAAUUCUGCAGAAACUCAGAGGCAGACUGGAGAUCACCCUACUGCUGACACUCAAACAAGAUAAAUUCAACUCGGGUGUCUUGCUGUCUAUCCAUCAUGGACAACAAAGGUAUCUGGAGCUGGAGAGCAACGGGCAGCACAGUGAAAUCCGUCUGCACUACCGUUUGGCAGAAGAGCAGAACCGCACAGAGGUCUUCCCCUACAACCUUGCAGAUGCUCGCUGGCACAGAGUGGCCCUGACACUCAGCACUACUCAGCUGGUGCUUUAUGUAGACUGCAGCAGAAUUUAUGAAAGGAUUAUCGAAACACCAUCUAUGGACAUUCCCGCAGGCACGACCUUGUGGCUCGGGCAAAGAAACAACGUUCAUGGCUUCUUUAAGGGUGUGAUGCAGGAGGCUCGGUUGGUGUUCAUGCCUCAAGGAUACAUCUCACAGUGUCCUGAUCUCAACCGCACUUGUCCAACCUGCAACGAUUUCCAUGGCCUGGUGCAAAAAAUCAUGGAGCUGCAGGACAUUUUGGCCAAAACAUCUGGAAAGCUCGCCCGUGCAGAAGAAAGAAUGAAGACGCUGGACGGAUGUUACUGUGAGAGGACCUGCACACUUAACGGCGAGAUCUAUAGAGACGAAGAUGUCUGGAUAGACGGAUGCAAGAACUGCACAUGUUUGAACGGCAGCGUUGAGUGCGAGAGCAUCUUCUGUCCUGCACCUCAGUGUUCUCCGGAUACAGCGCCAGCCUACAUCCCUGGAGCGUGCUGUAAAGAGUGUCAGCCUGUAUGUGUUUUCAGGGGAAGGGUGUAUGUGGAAGGGGAACGGAAGAGCGUGCGAGACUCUGCAGGAAACUGUCUGCUCUAUGAGUGCAGGGACCGUAAGAUGCGAAGAGUUGAAAGCAACGCUUGUCCAGAGCUCAACUGCCCUGAGUCAGAGCAAAUAACCCUCACAGAUCGCUGCUGCAAAGUGUGUCAAGGACAUGAUUUCUGCGCGGAUGGUUACAGCAGCAGCUGUGUGGAGAACUCGGAGUGUGUGAAUCUGGAGGCAGGAGCCUGCUGCAGCUGUAAAGACGGCUACCGGGCAGUGAGGGAUGACAGUGCGUACUGCCAAGAUAUUGAUGAGUGUGCAGAGGGGAAACACUACUGCAGGGAGAACACCGUGUGUUUGAACACGCCAGGGUCAUUCAUGUGUGUGUGUAACGACGGCUAUAUCCGGAUAGAUGACUAUUCCUGCACUGAGCAUAACGAGUGUUUAAGUGGACUACACAGCUGCGAUGAGAACGCACUCUGCUUUAAUACAGUGGGAGGACACAGCUGCACCUGCAAGCCAGGGUACCUGGGUAAUGGCACCGUCUGUAGAGCACAGUGUGAUGGAUUAUGCCAUAACGGAGGCUCCUGUGUGGCUCCAGACAUAUGCGUCUGCCAACAAGGCUUCACUGGGAAGAAAUGUGAAACAGACAUUGACGAGUGUUUGAACGGCUUCGUGGAGUGUGACAGUCGAGCCACGUGUGUGAACCUUCCAGGCUGGUAUCACUGCGAAUGCCGCGAUGGUUACCAUGAUAACGGAAUGUUUCUAUCAAACGGGGAGUCUUGUGAAGACAUUGAUGAAUGUGAGACAGGGAGGCACAGCUGUCCUAACGACACAGUGUGCUUUAACAUGGACGGAGGUUAUGACUGCAGGUGUCCUCAUGGGAAGAACUGCACAGGCGACUGUUUUCAUGAUGGGAAGGUGAAACACAAUAGGCAGAUUUGGGUGCUGGAUGAGGACAGGUGUGCCGUCUGCUCCUGUCAGUCUGGCUUGGUGAUGUGUAGGAGGAUGGUGUGUGACUGCGGGAACCCGACAGUGGACAUCUCCUGCUGUCCAGAGUGCGACCCUCGUCUCAGCUCGCAGUGCGUGCUCUACAAUGGCCUCCUGACUUACAACAGCGGUGACACUUGGGUGGAGAAGUGCCAGCAGUGCCAGUGCAUACAUGGCGAGGUGGACUGCUGGCCGAUGCCCUGUACUCCGCUGACUGACUGUGAAUUUGUAGCGGUGCCAGAGGGAGAAUGCUGCCCUCGUUGCAUAUCGGACCCAUGCCAGGCAGACACGUUGUACAAUGACAUCACUAAAACAUGCGUGGAUGAAUACGGUGCAACACGCUUAGGCGGCUCUACCUGGAAUAAACAUGGCACUGAGUGCUCUAUCUGCCAGUGCAAGAACGGGCAUGUCUGUUGCUCUGUGGAUCCUCUGUGCCUCUAGUGCCAUUCAAAAAGCAACUGUCUAUCUCACUGCCCUUUUCUUGUUUUCUAUCCCCUUGAUUUUUCCCCUCUCUCUCUCUCUCUCUCUCUCUAUCAAUGAUCCUUGCUUCCUCUAUAUCUCUCUUUUUCGGUCACUCUGCUCCUGCCUGUAUGUACACCUUCAGGUUUUUCUUCCUACUGUCUCACGUGUACUGCAUCAAACAGACAUGACAUAAAGUUGCAAGAUUCAUCUAUCGAUCACAGUAUUGGAAUCACGUGUUUCAGAAUCAACCUGCAGUGUGAACAGCUUGUGCUUUUGAUACUCAGAUUUAUUCACUUCGACUACAAGACACUACACAGAGAUUCCUGAUGCAUGAAGGGAAAGGCUUUAAUUGUAACGAUCAAAAUCCAGACGUCCAUGCAUUCCAUUGUAAAAUAGCCACGUUCAUCAAUCCAUGGGCAUGACUCAAUCCAUUAGCCAUUCUCUGCCAAUGCAGUAUUGCUAAUUUCCAUUUCUAAGAAGACAAAAAAAUUACAGGCUUGCUUGAUUUUUGGCUUUUUCUUAAACUUAACACCUACAUUUUUAUGUUAAACGUUGUAUUUUUGUUAAAGGUUUACUGAGGUUUAAAUUAUUCAAUGGCUUGCUAUUGUGUAAUAGUGAAAUAAAGAUUUCCAUUUAAAAAAAAGG